AGUUUGGUUGCGUUUAAUUCGAAGAUCGCCGCCUUCUACGGCGCAUUUGGAUGGAUUGAAUUGGGAGGUUUUGGUUGUUCGUGAUCCUGACGUUGCUUUACAAUGUUACCCUGGUGGGAAGAUAGUUUUAUCUAAUGCUUUUGUUGAGCAUUUUGAAAAUGAUUUUGAGAUUGCAACUUCGAUUGCUGCUGCGGUUGCACAUAUUGUGGCACGACAUGGUGCGGAAAGGUUUACAAAGACGCUGUGGAUUAUGGUAUUACAUAGUUUGCUUAAUCAAUUUGUCAAAACUGAUUUUGUCAAAGCCAUUCUCCCACGACUACCUUUAAACAGACGGCUUGAAAUGGAAGCUGAUUACAUUGGGCUUCUACUAAUGGCAUCAGCUGGCUAUGAUCCCCGAAUGGUCCCUAAAGUCUACGAAAAGAUAGGAAAAUUUGACGAGUCUGAAAGUGUGCCCACAAGGGCUACUCAUCCAUCAGGAAUAAAAAGAGCCAAAGCAUUGGCUCAACCUAAGAUAAUGGAAGAAGCUCUUAUUAUAUAUAAGAAUGUAAAAGCAGGAUUUGGGGUUUGAUGAUUUCAUUCUUUAGAACUACACAUUCGGCAUCUCACAAACUACAAACUGUGUAGUUGAAACCUGGGAAGAAGAUUAUUUUACCAAAUUUCGUUUAAUUUCAUCUAUAUAAACUGCAAUUAAUUUCUAUUCUUCUUUUGGUA